AUGUACCCGAGGGGGGAAAAAAAGCCUCCUCCCCGUCUGCUUGCUGUCACUUUGGCUAUUAAUGAUGAGUCAGACAACAAGUCCUGCCACGACCUGUCUGCCUUUGAGGACCCUGUGUUUGUUCAGCCCAGCUACGUGAAGAGUGAAAGAUCUAGAGUCAGGAUUGUUUCUAAAGGCACGGACGUGGCUGCUUUUACACCUGAAGGCGCCAGUAAAACCGGCGAGUCUUAA